ACCCCACAUCUGGCGCCCACCGCACUUUUCCAGUUGACUCACUGCACCCCGCGAUUCUCUCCUCUCCUCUGCACUCUGCAGGCAGUACAUAUAUCACCACUGGUAGGUCUCCCCUGACCCCAUCUCUUCCUCCUCCCACAACGCGACGGCGCCAUGACCUGGAGCAAGUCCCCGGCGGGGAGCGGCACCACCGCCGUCGACGUCGACGUCGAUGCCUCCGGCGACACCGGCCAGGCCCGCCUCCGAGAGCUCGGCUACAAGCAGGAGCUCAAGCGGGACCUCUCAUUGCUGUCCAACUUCGCCUUCUCCUUCACCAUCAUCUCGGUGCUGACGGGGGUGACCACGCUGUACAACACCGGCCUCAACUUCGGCGGCCCGGCCACCAUGACCUUCGGCUGGUUCGUCGCCGGCGCCUUCACCAUGACCGUCGGCCUCUCCAUGGCCGAGAUCUGCUCCUCCUUCCCCACCUCCGGCGGCCUCUACUACUGGAGCGCGCGCCUCUCGGGCAACCGAUGGUCGCCCUUCGCCUCCUGGAUCACCGGAUGGUUUAACAUCGUUGGACAGUGGGCGGUGACAACUAGCGUGGACUUCUCGCUGGCGCAGCUGAUCCAGGUGAUCAUCCUGCUCAGCACCGGCGGCAACAACGGCGGAGGCUACCUGGCGUCCAAGUACGUGGUCAUCGCCUUCCACGCCGCCAUCCUGCUCAGCCACGCCCUCAUCAACAGCCUCCCCAUCUCAUGGCUCUCCUUCUUCGGCCAGUUUGCGGCUGCUUGGAACAUGCUAGGUGUCUUUGUCUUGAUGAUUGCCGUGCCGGCUGUUGCAACCGAGAGAGCCAGUGCCAAGUUCGUCUUCACCCAUUUCAACACUGACAACAGUGCUGGAAUACACAGCAACCUCUACAUCUUUGUCCUGGGGCUCCUCAUGAGCCAGUACACGCUCACAGGAUACGACGCAUCGGCGCACAUGACGGAGGAGACCAAGAACGCAGACAGGAAUGGCCCCAUCGGGAUAAUCAGCGCCAUCGGCAUAUCCAUAGUGGUCGGCUGGGGAUACAUACUCGGCAUCACGUUCGCCGUCAAGGACAUACCCUACCUGCUCAGCCCUGACAAUGAAGCUGGGGGGUACGCCAUCGCCGAAGUCUUCUACCUCGCCUUCAAAAGCCGCUACGGCAGCGGCGUCGGCGGGAUCGUCUGCCUGGGGGUCGUCGCCGUCGCCAUAUACUUCUGCGGCAUGAGCUCCGUGACGAGUAACUCGAGGAUGGUGUAUGCUUUCUCGAGAGACGGGGCGAUGCCGCUGUCACCCGUGUGGCACAAAGUGAACAAGCACGAGGUGCCCAUCAACGCCGUCUGGCUCUCGGCUUUCGUCUCCCUCUGCAUGGCGCUGCCGUCGCUGGGUAGCCUGGUGGCGUUCCAGGCCAUGGUGUCGAUCGCGACGAUCGGGCUCUACAUCGCGUACGCGCUGCCCAUCUUCUUCCGGGUGACGCUGGCGCGCAAGCACUUCGUGCCGGGACCCUUCAACCUCGGACGGUACGGUGUACUGGUGGGGUGGGUGGCCGUGCUCUGGGUGGUGACCAUCACCGUGCUCUUCUCGCUGCCGGUGACGUACCCGGUGACCAAGGACACGCUCAACUACACGCCGGUCGCCGUCGGUGGGCUUUUCAUCCUCGUCUUGACGUCGUGGGUCGUGAGCGCCAGGCACUGGUUCAAGGGACCCGUCACGAAUUUGAGCGGCUAGUUUCGCACGCGUGGAAUGGGGGGGGGGGGGGGGGGGGGGGGGGGGGGGGGGGGAGGCUGGUUGUAUCUGACAAGACAUGAGUUGGAGGCGAUGAGACGUUGUAAUUACUUUCUUCGACAAUACAGGAACAUGGACUAAUUCAUACUGCCA